UUUCGAUAUCCCGAAGAAAAGGAACUUGACACAUAUGUCAACAAAAAAAUAUACAUUAAAACUAGCUAGCACAGCUUGCUGUCUGUAACCAGCAACGUUAGCCAUCUAGCUAAAUAAACCGUUAUUACGUCAACUGUGGCGUGUGAAGUUGGGGUGCAACGUUGCAGAUACAAUGCAUAGAGCUGUCCGUUUACACUGCAUGCCAAGGUGUGCCAGUGUAGAAUAAGCUGACCCAUCACUGCACCUACAGGUCCUCUGCUGUCCACAUGACCACCCCUCCCAUGGUGGCGUUCGCUGGGCAGCAGGCUCAGGCUGCCCGUGAUGUCAACACGGCGUCGCUCUGUCGCAUCGGCCAGGAGACGGUGCAGGAUAUUGUCUUACGCACCAUGGAGAUCUUCCAGCUGUUGAGGAACAUGCAGCUGCCAAAUGGAGUGACGUACCACCCCAGCACCCACCAGGACAGGCUGGGCAAACUGCAGGAGCACCUGCGUAUGCUCUCUGUACUCUUCCGCAAGCUGCGCCUCGUCUAUGACAAAUGCAAUGAAAACUGCACCGGUCUGGACCCCGUAACCCCAGAGCAACUCAUCCCGUAUGUGGAGGAGGACGGCAGCUCCAGACACAAUGAACGCUCGGCCAGCCAGGCCCACCCGGAAACAGAAGAGAGGGGGGAGAUCCUGGAGGUUAACAAGAAGCUCAAACAGAAGAACCAACAGCUGAAGCAGAUAAUGGACCAGCUCCGAAACCUCAUCUGGGAGAUAAACUCCAUGCUGGCUGUUAGGAAUUGAAUGCCAAACACGGCGACACAGAGGGCGUGCAUACACACACACACCACCGACUGGAAGAUAUGGCUAUUAACUGGAUAAGUGACAGGGUCCCUCUAAGGUGGCACUUAAAAAAUACAGGCUUUCACAAUAUACUACUCUUUCCCACAAGACGAGUUGGGAGAGAAGAAGAGGGGGAAGAAAGCAAAGAAGAAUGAAAAUAAGUCAUGCAAUGGGGAAAUGCUGAUAUACACUAACCGGCCAAUUUAUUAGGCACACCCAUUUAGUACUGGGAUGAGACUGGUCAUCUGCUGCAAUAGCCCCAUGCAUGACAAGGACCAACGAGUUGUGUGUCCUGAGAUGCCAUUCUGCGCCAUUAUUUGUUUGUGGCCCACUUGUUAACUUGCAUGAGUCUUGCCAUUCUGCUUCGACCUCUCUCAUCAACGAGCUGUUUUCGCCCACAGGACUGGAUGUUUUUUUUAUUUGUCGCACCGUUCUCGGUAAACCCUAGACACGGUCAUUUGUGAAAAUCCCAGGAGAGCGGCCGUUUCUAAGAUACUGGAUCCGGCGUGCCUGGCACCGACAAUCAUACCAUGCUCAAAGUUGAUUAGGUCACUCCUUUUGCCCAUUCUAACAUUCAAUCGCACAGUAAUCAAAUGCCUCGAUGCCCCUCUGCAUGCUUUAUACAGCAAGCCACGUGACUCACUCUCUUUCGGAGCAAUCCAUGUGUGUGAACGGGAUGUUGUACCUAAUACACUGGCCGGUGAGUGUAGUUAUCGCCUACAAUAUUGUUGAGGACUUUCAUGGUUGUGGUUUGAAAGACUAUAGUCAUGGCUUUCAGUAGAAUUAAAAUCAACUGUUUUUAUAAUUUUUUAAAACUUUAUUUAACCAGUCAAGUCAGUUAAGAACAAAUUCUUAUUUUCAAUGACGGCCUAGGAACAGUGGGUUAACUGCCUGUUCAGGGGCAGAAUGACAGAUUUGUACCUUGUCAGCUCGGGGGUUUGAACUCACAACCUUCCGGUUACUAGUCCAACUUUCUAACCACUAGGCUACGCUGCCUAGGUAUAAAUGCAGGACAAUAUGUAGUCAAUCGUACAACAUUUUAUAUAUUUAAUCUCUAUCCCAAAAUAUGACAAAUACUCAAGAUUACCCAUUUAAAGGGGUUUUGAUGUUCUGGGCUUUUUAUGAUAGGGUCUCGUUAACAAUGUCAAUGUCUCGUUAACUUUUGUAAUUCUAUGGCGCUAUAAAUCCUGCUGUGAUUUAGGCCACUGUUUCUUUCUGUUCUAUUUUUAGAUCUGUGUUCUCACUGCUCACGAGGACCGUCAGAUCAGGUCUCUUUGUGGUCUUUUUGGAUUGUCCCCAGGCUUUAAAAGUGAAAAAAAAGAAAUUACAGCCAGAAACAGUGCCCAGCCAAUAAGCGACAUAAACAACUUAGUAGAGCCCCGCAGCCACUGGGGCCCCCUGACCCUUUGAUUGAAUCCUGGUGUUAUUAUACUGAUGAUUUGUCAGAACAGAGGGUUUCUUUACGUACACUGCAUUCGGAACGUAUUGAGACCCCUUCACUUGUUCCACAUUUUGUUACAACCUUAUUCUAAAAUUAAUUAAAAUGAUUUUCCCUUCAAUCUACACACAAUACCCCAUAAUGACAAAGCAAAAACAGGUUUAGA